UAUUGUGACGAAUUAUUCGUGCAUGUACGUAUGCUUUGUUGGUGUGGGAAAUUUAACAUCAGUAUAUUUAUACAUCUCCCGCGCAAAAACGUAAAAAGUUUAACGCCUGACAAAUCAAUUUUUUUUUCGAUUAGUAGAUAAUAUUUCGGCGUCUGAAUGUUUGCUGAUAAAAAGUUAUGGGUACAAUAGAAGUCACAUUUCCAGUUGGUGGACAACCAGCAAAGAUAUUAAAAUGGAGGGUUCGAAUGGAUACGAUGGUUUCAGCGGGCAGAGUGUUGUUUUUAUAUCAGAAUAUUACUCCAGGAACCGAAGAUGUCAAAGGUUCUGAGAAAAAGUAUCGGGCCACUCGAUUUGGCCGCGUCACAAAACUCCUGGCAAGGGAAGGAGAUAUCGUUCAGCCUGGGGAAGUGAUAAUGAUAUUAGAAGGAUGUCGACAUCCUACAGUAAUGAAGGAUUUAUGUGCUGAAUGUGGUGUAGAUUUAAGGGUUGAAGGAGUUGGUAAAGAAAGUGAAAAUAUACAAAUAUCUCAGGCAAGUGUGCCGAUGGUACAUAGCGUACCUGAAUUAAAAGUAUGUCCAGAACUGGCAGAAAAAAUUGGAAAAGAAGAUGAACAACGUCUUUUAAACGAUCGCAAGUUAGCUCUGCUUGUUGAUCUUGAUCAAACAAUUGUUCAUACAACAAAUGAUAAUGUUCCCUCUUAUAUGAAGGAUGUUUAUCAUUAUCGACUGUAUGGAUCGAACUCUCCAUGGUAUCACACCCGUUUAAGGCCUAAUACCAGACAUUUUCUUUCUAAGAUGAGCCAUUUAUACGAACUGCAUAUAUGUACAUUCGGUGCAAGAAAUUAUGCUCAUACUGUAGCAGGAUUAUUAGAUAAAGAUGGAAUAUUAUUUUCUCAUAGAAUACUUUCAAGGGACGAAUGUUUUGAUCCUGCGUCGAAAACAGCUAAUCUCAAAGCUUUAUUUCCUUGCGGAGAUGACCUAGUAUGCAUUAUAGAUGAUAGAGAAGAUGUGUGGCAAGGGUGUGGUAAUUUGGUACAGGUGAAACCCUAUCAUUUUUUUCGACAUACUGGUGACAUACACGCGCCACCAGGUUUAGAGAAAAAUGAUGUUCCAGUUUCACCCGAAUUGCAAAAUAUAAAUGAUCAUUGUGCGGAAGAUCAAAGUACGACUAACGAAAAUGGCGCAUCUGAAUUAACGAAAGAAAUUUUUGUGGAUAGUAGUUCUGAAAAGGAAACGCAUCAAAAGUUUGAAGAUAAGGAAAACAUUUGCGAAUCUAUAGAAAGGAACGAUGAAAUUACCAAAGACAACUCUAAAGACAUCGUUACCGCAAGUUCCAAUUCAGACGCUGAAAACAAAGAUAGUAAGAUAUCGCAAAGAAAAGAUGAAAAUGAAGACAAAACAAUUAUACAAAGAAACGAUGAUAAAGAAAUUAAAAUAUCAGGAGAAACGGAUGAAGAUAGAGACAAUAAACUAUUGGAAGAAGAUGAUGAGAACAAAGACCAUAAAAUAUUGCAAGAGAAAGAAAGCAUUGCGUUAAUAGAAACGAAAGAAGACAUCAAGAAAAAUGAUGCAAAACUCGCUGAAAAUAAUAUUAUAGACGAAGACGAUGAUGAUUAUUUAUUAUAUUUGGAAGAUAUUCUUCGAAGGAUUCAUGCUGAGUUUUAUAUUAAUUAUGAUAAAGAAAAUGGACGCAAAUCGUUGAGAGAUAUCAUUCCACGAGUACGAGCGCAGGUAUUGAAAGGAGUACAUUUAACUUUCAGUGGUUUGAUACCUACUAAUCAAAAGCUCCAACAAAGUCGAGCAUAUAAAGUUGCCAGAGCAUUUGGGGCAGAAGUAGCACAAGACUUGACAGAUAAAACUACACAUUUAGUUGCAAUUAGACCUGGCACUGCUAAAGUCAAUACAGCUAAGAAAAAUGGAAAGAUAAAAAUUGUAAAUCCCGAUUGGCUUUGGACAUGUGCAGAACGCUGGGAACAUGUUGAUGAACGUCUAUUUCCACUUACCAUAAAGGCUCGAGCAUCUAGAAUACCACCUCCGCAUUGUAGUAGUCCAGAACGCAUAGAUGAAGAAGAAAGACGGAUGGAAAAUACUUUUGCCGAUAGUAUUAAUCCACUAAUGUCAUUUACACCAGAGGAGAUAGAAAUUAUGGAUAAAGAGGUUGAAGAGGAUAUGGACGAUCAAGAAAUGGAACCACCUGUUUUCGAUAUCGAAGAUGACGAUGGUGAAGAAGAAUAUGAUCAAGGAGUUCGACAAGAAGGUUCCGAUUCAGAAGAUGCCAUGCACAAUGAACAAAAUUACGUAAAUGAACCUCUGAGGAAAAAACCGAAAUUUUGUCGGGGAAGUAGCGACGAUGAUUCAUCAAGUGCUAAGGAAGAUAUGAUGGAGGAGGAUGAUGACGACGACGAUGACGAUCCUGUAACACGAUUUAGAAGAGGCGAAGACCUGCCGGAUGAUUUAGAUUUAGGUGAUAAUUCUCAGGAUUCGAUUGAAGAUCUUGAAAUAAUGGACAAUGAAGAUGAUCGAGAGUGGAAUGCUAUGGGAGCAGCUCUCGAAAGAGAAUUUCUUUCUGAAUGAUUCGUUAUAAUAUUGUUUAUUCGUAAACUAAUCAAGUCAUCACAUUUGUAAAUUUAGAAUUGGUGACUGUAGUGGUAAUAGCUGUUGAUUACAUUUAAUAUAAUUAACAUAUUUGUAGUUUCCUGAUUGACUAAUUUAAUACUAUUUCACCGAGAGUAUGAACGAAUAAUGUACAAGUUAAAUAAGGAAAAAUUGCGAAGAAAAUGUUUGUAUUUAACUAUCGAGUUGAAAAUAUAUGCACAAGUACCGUAUAUAGGGGAAUGUUAACGUACUUUUCAUAAAUUAUCAUUUUAAUAUUGUUACCCUUUUUGUUCUUUGUAAGCAAACUAAUUUAUAUGGAAACGAUUAAAUAUUUAUGUAAGAUUAUGUUUGUUUUGGUAUAUAGUGAAUAACUUUGUUCACAUAUUUCUAUCAAAAAACACACACUUUUCUACAACUAUUUAUACCUUCAUUAUGAUGUAUUAUGGAUUAAAAUAAAAUCUAAUUAUCUUUUGUAA